AGGACAAGUUCAGUUGGAAAUGGAUUUGUACAUACUUCCAGUUAUCAUAACUGUUGAAGAUAAAUGUAGUUAGUGGAUGUACUGAGGCAGACACGUAGCUGUCAGUACACAUACAAGUGUUAUAAUGAACAACUUACACUGGCAAACGUGUCUUGCAAUACUCGUUAAUGAUGCUGAUGGAGAAGCUUACCACUGCCAAGGAUCCACUGCAGAAAACUAAGUAUGACAAAGCCUACAACAAUGUGAUGAACUUGACUCGUGACUUGAAUGAAGAAGAGUCACAUCAUGCAUUAAACAAAGCUUUUGAUGAUCGUAAAGUUCAUGAUGAACUCUGCUUGGGCCUGCUAGUCAGCAUCCUUGCUGAUCAAUCCAAAGCAUCACGGCACUACCGUGAUCUGACUUUAGUGUCCCGUGAUGCACUAAAAGUGGUGACUGAGACGCUGAUACACCAGAUUAUUGGUGAGCGAUUUUCCCGGUUGUCAGAAAGCACGAGAAGACAGCUCUUGUGGCUGGUGCGGGAACUUGUCAAGACGGGCAUUAACAAUGUGGAAGGGGUCGUUUGGUGCCUCCUCAGACAAAUUGCCGGUGGAGAUGUGUCACAGAAGAAUAUAUGGUUGGCUGAGAGUUUAGUAGAUAUACUAAGAGAAAAUAGACCGUGGUUAGACAAGUUUCCCGUGAUUGUUGCAUCAGUGACCUAUACAUACUUGCGUAUCUUGGAAGAUCAUCAUGCUCCACAGUUUGCAAGUCUAAGACAAAAAGAGGUUCAUUUUGUUGUUGGCCUCUUAAGAGAACGUUUUCAGGAUUGUUUAAUGAUUGGGCGAGACUUAGUACGGCUCCUACAGAAUAUUGCAAAAAUACAGGAGAUUGAAGCGUUUUGGAGAGACUUGAUCCAUAAUCCCACCUCUUUGUGCCCAAGUUUUACUGGUAUUCUUCAGCUCCUUCAAACAAGAACAUCACGAAGAUUCUUUGUAGUGAGAUUAACUCCAGAGAUGGAGAAAAAAAUAGUCUUCUUAUGUACAGAUGUAAAAUUUGGUAUGCAAAAGAGAUAUCAAGAAUGGUUCCAGAGACAGUACCUGAAUACACCAGAGAGUCAGACGCUACGAUGUGACCUCAUUCGUUUCAUUAUUGGCUGUAUCCACCCAUCCAACGAAGUCUUAUGUUCAGAUAUCAUUCCACGUUGGGCUGUGAUUGGCUGGCUACUCUCAUCUUGUACAUCUCCUGUUGCAACAGCCAAUUCAAAGCUGGCACUUUUUUAUGAUUGGCUUCUUUACAACACUGAAACAGACAAUAUCAUGAAUAUUGAGCCUGGCAUCCUAGUGAUGUACCACUCCAUGCGGCCACACCCGGUUCUUACAACCUCCCUUCUGGACUUUAUCUGUAGGAUAAUUCCAAACUUCCAUCCUCCUUUGGCGGACAAGGUUCGAUUAGGAGUGCACAAUUCCCUUCGGCAGAUUCUGGAGAAGAGAGUAGUUCAGUCCCUCGAUCCUCUUUUUGACAACCGUCACAUGGAUGCAGAACUACGGAAACUCAUUCGUGAUACAUUCCCUGAAUUCUGUUCAAACUCAGUCCCUGGGGAUGUAAAACCUGAGGACUUCGUUGCUCCAGUAUCUUCAGCUUCUGUUACUAGAAUGGACCUCAUGGUAGAAACUGGUCUUGACUUUGGAUCCUCGACAGUGAAUAGUGAUAAUGAUGUGAAUAACAGUAACCAUAUAGGUGAGGAUGAUGCUGCAUUUAGCGAAGAUGAGGAGGAGCCACCAAUCCUAAAUCCCCCUCCUUCCCCUGCACCCAAUAAGGUUAAAGUGGAGGAAAUCUCAACUGGUGUCUCCACCCCAGUGACAGAGGUGGUAGAGGUAAAACCCAAAGUGAGUGAUGUGAAUAGUGUGGAGGAAAAAGUGGACCUCAGUAAACACUUAGAAUAUUUGGAGAGUGAUAUGAAGACAAUUCUGCUGGAAUAUCAAAAUGAAAAGGACACUAAACAAAGAUGUGACCAGCUGCAGAAGUUAUGUGAUUUGAUAUUUAGUGAAGACCUAGAUCAAGAAGAAGUAAAUAAUUUGACAACUUGCCUUUGUCACCUUCUGGCAGAUGACUUAACACCAGGUACCUCUCUCUUGCCUCAGGAUAUUUCAGCCGAGAGCAUUCAAGAAAGCUUGGGGCGUCCCUUGUAUGUCCUCUUCGACAACCUCAUCACCCUACCAGAGGAUGAUCAUCGGAGACAACCUCUGCUACUACUGUUGGUAGAGAUGCACAAGAUCACCCUUCAUGUUGGUUACCACUUUUUAUAUUUCCUCAAAGCCUCCAACAUAAAGACAGAGAAAGUCCAAGAAAAUAAUGAGUGUUCCUUCCUUACCUAUCGUGACCUGUGCAAGGCUGCAGGACAGAAGGAUUUUGCUGGUUUUAUCAUUAAGGACUUGCGACUCUGUAGUGAAGAUGAUCCUCGAGUGUUAAGUUGGAUUAUUCCAGAUAUAUAUAACAGUUUCCCCAAACAAACGAGAGGGAAUGCAGAAUUAUUACAGUUGGUGUUAGAACGAUUAGACUCCUCACAACUACAUGACCUGGUGUGCAUGGUACUUCAGGGUUCUUUACAAAUGUUUGACAACAGCUCCUUUGCUACAAUACUGGAGAAGAGCUUGCAGUGGGAGACGGUGGAACAGCUAUUUCUGUGGCAACUGGCCAAAGCCCAUGAGAUUCCUGUGGAUUGUUGCUUGUCUGUGAUGCCCAAGCUCAAGUUUACCUCACAUUCUGCCACCGUGACCAACACUCAUGGCGAAGCUCUGUCCAACAUUCUUAUGAUGCUCCGGAGAGAAUCUCCAUCUGAAAUUCUGCUAAGAACGCUACUUCUUCGAGAGUUCAGAGUGGAAGAUCCAACAGUAGCCACUAUCCUGCAGUACUGGGUUCAGAGGUAUGAGGACAAGAUGGCUAAGCUCAUUAAUGAUGUAGUCAAUAAUAAACCACAGCCCUCGCCAAACAAACGAAAACGAAACCAAAGUACAAAAGCCAAUGCAGUGCCAUUGGAUCAAGUGUUGUCACACUUAAACCACUUAAGAACAGCUUGUGGUCAAACGACAUUUUUUGCAUUAGAAACAAUGCAGGAUACUCUACAGACUGCCCAAAAUCAGUGUAGUGAAACGCAGAAGAAAAAAUAUGGUGAUCUCUUUGCUCUUAUUGAGGAGGAGGAUGAGGAGGAGCCAGCGCCUGAACCUCAAAGAAAACCUAAGUCUAAUAGAGGAAGAAAACCGAAAGGCCGAAAAAAACAGGAAUCAGAGAGUGAAGAGGAGAGUAGUGAGGAGGAAGAUGUCAAGAAGCCAUCCAGAAAGCGGAAAAAGAAUAACCAAGUGGGGUCAGAUAGUGACUAGCCAUGGCCACGGUGGGUUUAGCUGAAAGCAGUGUGGGACAAGGUCCCAACAGGAUUAGCUAAGUCACUUGUGAUAAUGGUUCAGUUACUGGCUAAGUCAUUCUGGUACUGACUUAAGCCUCUGUGUACUGCCAAAUCACUGUGGUACUGGCAAAGUUGCUGGGUACUGCCAAGUCACUGUGGUACUGGCUUAGCUGCUGGUACUGGCUAAGUCACUGGUACUGGCUAAGUCACUAGUACUGGCUAAGUCACUGGUAUUGGCAAAGUCACUGGUAUUGGCUAAGUCACUGGUGCUGGCCAGGUCUAAGCCAGUGUGGUUCGUGCAGAAUUACUUUGGUACUGGCUAAGUUGCUCUGAUACUGGCUAAGUUACUGUGAUGAUGGCCAAAUCACUAUGUGUACUGACCAAGUCGAUAGUGCUGACUGCAGAUGCUGGUACUUGCCAAGUCACUUGGUACUGGCAAAGUCACUGGUACUGGCUGUCACUGGUAAGAGCUAAGGUCACCACAGGACUAAAGCCUCCGGGAACAAAACCCAGCACUCUUCAUCUGUGAUGUGAUAUAGUGGUAGCCUUAAUUUUUUUCAUAUAUAUUUUUUUUAAUGCAUUAAGUGAGAGGAGAUGCAUUGAUUUCUUCAUGAGGAGACUUUUUUUUUUUUUUUUGUCUUCUCUAGUGUUAAUUUUUCCCCUGCCCCCCUCCCCUUAACUGAGCUGUGGACUCGAAAAAACUUUCCUCAGGCAAAGUAGACAGAAUUGAAGGAUAUUGUUAAACAAUUUCCUCAUGUAUGUACUCUAGUUUGUGAGACAGUAUCGGCAUGUGUGUGUGAUGAAUGUCCGUGCUUUGUUUGUGAAAGUGAAUAUAGGGAUUACUAGGGGAAAGAAGCACUUUAAGGAAUCUGCAUAUCAAGAGUGAUACUGAAAAGCCAAUUGAAAAAAAAAAAAAAGAAACAAUAGAUACGUUACCUCCCCAGCCAAAGAUGUCUGAUACAAAAGUAUUGAUGACCAUCUCGAUAAUCAGUGCCUGUCUCCCCUUAGAGGUGUAUUCAGCUGCCAGUCACAUUUGUGUGUUGAAGACAAAUAUGGAUAUUGCAAGUGUCUAAAUCAGCCAUGAACAUUAAUGAAACACAUUUCUCUAAAAGAGAAACACAGUAAAAGAAAUUCCUUGAGAAAUAACCACCAUCACUUAAGUGUUAUGAAAUGAAUUGUUAUUGUGAAUAAUAAUUAUUCUUUUCAGUGUGAUUGGCCUAUUUUUUUAUUUUUAUUUUUAAAAGUGCAGAAAUAAUGUUCAGCACAAGCUAUGAUGUAUUCAUUAAUCCAUUUAUUAUGUUUAUGGUCAUAGUGUACAAAAACCAUGAGCUCUUGAGCAUUGUAAGCAUUAUAAGGUUGAUGUCAACUGUCUAUAAGAUUGCUCAAAUUGUCAGGUAUGUAUGGCAUUCAUAUUGUAAUGCUGUAUUACAUAACAAAUUUAAAAGAAAAAUCAUUGUAAAUUUUAAUCAGAGUAACCUAAUUCCAGGUACUAAAUUCGUUAACCAUUGGUACAUACAAAAUUAGUUUUUCAUUUGUGCAUAAAUAGAUCAGUAACCAUUCUCAACAUUAGAAAAAAAAGAGAUGGUUAAUUGAUCUCAAGAACAGGUAGCAAAUCAAAUUUAAUAAGAUGUGGACAAAAUGAGCAUUCAUAAAUAUUUGUCACUUCGUAAUUUCAAAAGAGAUUUUUAACUAGUUCAUUAAUUUAAGAUGUGAGUAAUAUAGCACAAAAUAUACUGGCUCAGUAGACUCUUAAUAUAUUCAUCCACAUCUUAUUAUGUUAUUUUUGUAAGUUCUUGUGCUCAACAAGCAGUCCUGUUGGAUGACAACACCAGCUCUUAAAAUUUUCCAUUCCAAAUGAGAGGUAUAUCAUUGUGCCAUUAUAAAUCUGCAUUUCUCUUAUUUGAAAAUUUACCAAAACGAGCAGUUCUGAUUUGGUGUGUCAUUUCAAACAGCCUUUUCCUAUUUAUAAGUACAGUAUAUAGGAAAUGAUGCCUGGUAUUACUGUACCACUACGAUCAAAUAUUUUUAUCCCAUCAGUUUUUUCAUUGUUGAUGUUAUUUUCAUUUAAAGUGAUAUAUAGUAUGAUGGAAAUGAGAUUUUACCCAUAACAGUCACAGCGUGAACAUUUAGACCACAAAUAUUGUCAAAAUUAUAAACAAAAAAAAAACAAAAACAAAAAGCAUUUUGAUGAAUGAAAGUGCAAGAACUAGACUGAAGAUUUCAAGACGUGUAGACAAUGCCUUACUGCUGUCUGUUUAUACAACAAACACUCUAUUCUUUGUUAAGAUAGCCAAACUUCAACCAGUUUUAGAUGUGCUAAAACAGAUUUAUAUAAGAUUAUUAAUAAAACUAAAAAAAUUA